AUCAGCGAUGGCGGCUGCGUCGGGGUCAGUUCUGCAGCGUUGUAUCGUGUCGCCGGCUGGGAGGCAUAGCGCCUCUCUGAUCGUCCUACAUGGCUCAGGUGGAUUUCAGUUUUACGUCCUGGUUUUCUACAGCUCGGGAAACAUCCUCCCCUCGGUUACCCCAGUUUUGCCCAAGUGGAGGUGUCGCUGGGCCCACAUAGGGCCCGAUGGGUGGCUAACCCGUCUCCAGCCCCGGCUGUGGAUUCACGGGCAGCACCACCUUCCCCCAGCCUCCCCUCUUAGUCGUCCUCUUUCUAUCGGGCGGUCACUGGCCCACCACCCUCGCUUAAGGGCAUUGUGUCCCGCUGCUCAGCCAGCCCUCUAUCCACACAUUCUCUCCAGUGCAGCCUAUACCACAUCCCCAUUCCUCGCCCCAAGUUUAAACAGAGCAAAUUAGUAAGGUGAUUCUGGACGAGGUUUAAGAAUGUGGAUCAAGCAGGUUUUAAAUCAAGAUUUAACAUUCCAACACAUAAAAAUUAUUUAUCCAACAGCUCCUCCCAGAUCCUAUACUCCUAUGAAAGGAGGAAUCUCCAAUUUAUGGUUUGACAGAUUUAAAAUAUCCAAUGACUGCCCAGAACACCUUGACUCAAUUGAUGGCAUGUGUCAAGUGCUUACUGAUUUGAUUGAUGAUGAAGUAAAAAGUGGCAUCAAGAAGAACAGGAUAUUAAUAGGAGGAUUUUCUAUGGGAGGAUGCAUGGCAAUGCAUUUAGCUUAUAGAAAGCAUCAAGAUGUGGCAGGAGUAUUUGCUCUUUCCAGUUUUCUGAAUAAAGCAUCUGCUGUUUACCAGGCGCUUCAGAAAAGUAAUGGUGUACUUCCUGAAUUAUUUCAGUGUCAUGGUACUGCAGAUGAGUUAGUUCUUCAUUCUUGGGCAGAAGAGACAAACUCAAUGUUAAAAUCCCUAGGAGUGACCACCAAGUUUCAUAGUUUUCCAGAUGUUUACCAUGAGCUAAGCAAAACUGAGUUAGACAAACUGAAGUCAUGGAUUCUUACAAAGCUGCCAGAAGAAAUGUAAAAACAAAAAUGAUUGUGAAAAGUGAUUUUUACUGCCAAAUUAUAAUGAUAAUUAAAAUAUUAAGAAAUCUCAAUUUCCUGACUUACUUAUUAUUAAAAUGCUUAUCACUGUAGAGAGUAGCUAGUCUUAUUAAUGAAAAUCAAUAGACAAACAUCUGUGCAUAAUUUUUCAGACUCAAUUCUGCAAAUAUUUGGAAACCUUUUAAGUAUUUAAAUGUUUAAAUUUUUGAAAUAAAGUAUUUUUAACUAAUAUUAAUAAGGACAAUGAAAAAACAUGAAAGGACUUAGGAUAGUGUUAUUUUAUCUUUUCUACAACUUUAUUUAAAUUACCUUUCCAAAGAUAUUUGUGUUCAUGUAAUUUUCCACAGAAUAACAUUAAUAUUCUAUAAAGCGAUUUCACAUUAUCUCAUUUGAUCAUCACAAGAGCUUUGUGCAGUAAGCUGAGUAAUUGUUAUUGGUAUUUAAUAAUGAUGAUAGAGGGGUUAAAGACUUUCCCACAGCUUCCAGGUCAACACAAGAAAUUCAGGUUUCCUGAUUCUCAGUGGAGCUCUAUUCCCUGUUAACCCAAAUUACUGCUCUGCUUUAGGUCUUAAUCUUAUCUGUAAAAUGAUACUAAUAAUACUUAUCCUAUGGGAUUUUUAUUGAGAUUUAAAUAAAUAAACAAAUAGCUGAAAACCAGUACAUGAUAAACACUCAAUAAAGAUUAACCAUAAGGAGAGUCAUCAUCUGGUUCCAGGAAUAUAUUGUUAAAUAAUGACUGAAAAAUGAAAUUGUAUUACUUCAAUGAAAAUACUAUAAAUAAUAUUUUCAUAUAUUAGUUGGUUCUCUCUCAGGCAUAUAUCUCAUUUUAUUUGAUCCUCACAACUUUUUAAGUUUGGUAAAAUGUACAUUAUCCCUAUUUGUGUAAAUAGAAUCAUGCAAUGUCUGCCUGCUUGCAUUCAACAAAAUUAUCUUGAGAUUUUUCCAUGUUGUGUGCAUUAAUAGUUCAUCUGUUUUAUUGCUCAGUAAUACAUUGUGUGGAUGUAUCACUAUUUGUUUAUAUAUUCACCACUGACAGAUACUUAGGUUGCUUCCAUCCAAUAUGAGGCUGUAAUAAAUAACGCUGCUAUGAAUAUUCAUGUAAGA